GGGGGGGGGGGGGUCGGGAUGUGAGCUGUGCAUGGGGCAUGGGGCAUGGGGCAUGGUUUUCCUGGCUUUUGAUGUCUGUGAGAUUGUUGCUGAAUGUUGAAUGGCGUACUCUGGGGUUGUUCGGAAUUGAAGUAGAGAUAAAAGGGGAGGUUGGAGAUUUGGGAUACGUGGGAUUCGAGUUGGGUUUGUCAGGGUUUUGCUUUGGUAGGUGUCGGUGGUGGUGGUGCUUCUCCCUUUCGUGUAACGGUGUUGGUGCGUAUGUCUCAGGGAGAACUUUUUUUUUUUGGUCGGUGAGCGUUUUUUCUUCUUUAAGAGGUUGGCUGAGGUUAAAGAUUGAACAAAGCCCUCGUAAACGCAGACUUUCUUGAGGAUUCAAUAGUUUGUUACAAAUGAUGAGGAUUUUUUUUUUUUUUCUUUUUUUCAAAAACGUUUCCAGUAUUGCUGGGAACUUGUUCUGACCAACUUGCCAGUCU